AUGCAAUCAUUGCAUAAGUCGGAGGGUCAAGCACCUCUCACUCCUCUGCCUGUCAAUAAUCCCGAAAGAAGUUCAUCUAAUACACUCUCGCCCCACGAGUCUGAUUCUGAGACAGAGAAAGGUCCCCUGGAAUACCUGACUCGAGAAUCCAACGCGCUUCAGGAUUCUUCUCUUGAUAUUUUUUCAAAGAUAGACCCAGUCCGAUCCAGGCAGUGGGGGCUAUGGCCGCAAAAGUGUUUGACUGAUCUCCUCAUCCGGAUAUUCCUAGAGGAAAUCAAUCGCAUCUAUGAAGUGAUUCACGGAUCAUCAUUUGAAGCCAAGUAUGCUGUUUGGUGGGCUGCGCAAGAAACCAAGGCAAACGGCGACCCAGGUGCAUCUCUUGCCGACGAGGACAUUGACUUUGGCAUUCUCAUCAUUCGAUCAUGUUUACUAAGCCUUCAAACCCUUCCGUCACCAAAGUAUCCCACCCAGGGUAUCUUGAAGACACACCCAGAGGCUGUAGAACAAUGGCUCUAUACGCUAGCCAAUGACUUGGACAAAUCACAAUCACCAGAUAGAAAGCCCUCUCUAGAAACAGUGCAGCAUCGCUUUUUCCAUACAGGAUACUCCAAGAACUAUGGGAAAAUACGGGAGAGCUGGUCAAGCUUGAGCGCUGCUGUUAAGGACGCGCAUGAGAUGGGCCUGCAUCUCAAAGACCCUGGCAUCGCUCUUGAUGAAACUGAGAUGGAACUACGCAGACGUACUUUUUGGAGCUUGUAUUUCUGGGACCGUUUUAUGUGCACAUUUUUUGGUCAUUGGCCAUUAAUACCCGAGGGCUAUUUUGAUAUCGAGCCGCCGCACGACAGCCUCCAACCACUAACUACUAGCCCAUACGUGCUUACGCCUUUCACGGAUCAUAUAUUUCACAUCAAGAUAGCACGUUAUAUCACAGCUUUUUUGAGCCCACCAUCAUGGACCAGCGAUCAAUACAUCCCAGCAACAGUAUCAGAAUUCGCGCAACGCUUUGAUGAAGUCAUCAUUGAUCAAUUGCCCCCGCCACUCUGGAUGGAAGCCCCUGAUACAAGCUGGGACAGCAUAGAUCCCGUCCUUGUUAUUAAGAGGAUGCGCCUUCAAUUGCUUAUCUCGAGUACAAAAUCUUCACUCUACCGAGCGUUUGCAGAUCCAUGUAACAGCCUUCGACCACAUGAAAUGCUCGAGUCACAAUGCACAACAGAUCCCCUGGCGCUCUCUCAUCGAAGAUCUUUGGUACAAACGACGUCACAUAUGAUAUCAUUGAUCACGCAACUCUACAUUCUUAUCGACAAUGAAGGGGGUGGCCCACCAGCUGAGCGGCUGUUCUUGCUUCCAAUAUACCUUGUCGACGCCCUGGCAUCCCUGGGAGUUUCUUUGCUUUCAAUCCAAUUCGACGAAAGAAGGUUUCUUACUAGCGGCAUUCGAAGUAUGAUAUACCCAGAUUUGCAAACCAGCUAUUCAAUAUUUCUCGAAGGAUUCAACUUGCUUUGUCGCCAAGCUUCACUAUACAGUCUGGCCAAGAAAGGGGUGGAAAUUAUAGAGAGUCUGAACAUCGCCUUAGACUCUCUUUUUACG